UCCAAUCGUUUUGGGUUCUUAGUCAUAUUUUGUUUAAUCCAUUUCAAACGCAAUAGAUGGUUUCAAAUCCAUUCUGAUUUGAAAUCCUUACAAGUCCAUCGGUUCCAAACAGAGGGUUUUGUCGCAGAAAUUUGUUUCGCCUUUUGAAUUCCCUUCAUUUGUGUUCUGUUGGUGUGAACUUUGUAUUGCCGGAUAACUGUUCGACACUAUGCCUCAUAAAGGUUGAACCUGUGUGUGUUCUUCCACCAUAAAGUUAAGCCUUAUCUAGUGUACUCAUGCUUAUUUAGUAGUUUAGUCCGUUUAUUAAACCUCUUGAGUCCUGAAAUAUUUUCAUGUAGCUGGGAGGUAUAAUAUUUCGCCUCUUUUUUUUUUUUCUUCUUUUAGGUGCUCAUAGGAGCUGAAUUCAGGUUCUUUAGAUACAGAAGAGCAAAGGGGGGUUGAGUUGGCCAGUAGAAGGAAAAGAUGUUGAAACACUUUCUUGGAAAUAUGGGGAAACACGUGGUUUGUGCAUGUGAAGUGAACAGGUUCAGGCCUUAUUUGCUCGUGCCAACAAGUGACUUUCAUAAAGGGGAGGUUCAUUGUGCACCCAGAAGUUUCUUUGGUGUAGAGGACUUCUUAGAUGAUGAUAAUAGUCGGCCCUAUACAUACCAGAAAGCGAAAAAGUCCAAGAAUCCGAAAAAGCACAUCUCAUUUAAGCAACGGACCUUAGCUUACAUGGAACCAUUUACACUUGACGUGUUCAUCUCAAAGCGGUUCGUUUCAGCAUCACUUACACACAGGGUGACUUGCAAACAAGUUGCUGUUGCAGGUACCAACUCAAAAGAUAUCAAAGCUGUUCUUCAGUCUCGUUCAGAUAUACCUGCUUGUUUGGCCGUUGGCCGUAUUUUAGCUGAGAGGGCUAGAGAAGCUGAUGUUUAUACCGCUAGUUAUACUCCUAGAGAGAGGGACAAAUUUGAAGGCAAAAUAAGAGCUGUGGUUCAAUCUCUUAUUGAUAAUGGGAUUGAUGUUAAAAUUUAUCUUGAAUGAAAAACAUCUUAUAUAGUUUAUGAAGUAACACUUCAUGAUCGUUGAUAAA